AUGGCCACGGAAAUUGAACACUCCAUGGCCUUGGGCAGUGUCCAAGAAGUUACCACUCCCAACUCGACAUCUUCACCAUCCAUUCCCACUCCUGUCUCAGCUUCAAUGAAGAAGGAGUCGCCUUCUUCUCCCACCAACUCCAACAAUGCUUCUCGACGACCCCCUCGCAAGAGCACUCUCACUCAACAGCAAAAGAACCAGAAGCGACAGCGUGCCACCCAAGAUCAAUUGACAACCUUGGAAAUGGAGUUCAACAACAACCCCACACCUACCGCUACUGUUCGUGAGAGAAUCGCAGAUGAAAUCAACAUGACUGAGAGGUCUGUUCAGAUUUGGUUCCAGAACCGACGUGCCAAGAUUAAGUUGUUGGCCAAGAAGAGUCUGGAGACCGGCGAAGACAUCGACUCAAUCCCCGAGUCGAUGCGAGCUUACCUCGCCAUGCAGGCUAUGGAGUCUGGUAAGGGUCUUGGUGGAAGUUACCUUGGCCGCACUGGACUGGUACCUUUUGGUCACGGUAACAUGAUGCUUGGUGGCGACCAGGGAGGUCAGGGUAAAGUUUUGAUCCAUCAUCUUACCUGCCGCUCUCUCAGCAUCGGAAAGUGGACCCGAGUUGGACAGAACACGAUGGAUCUCAUCAUCUUCUACUCUCCCGAUAAGUGCACCAUGACCUACUACAUCAACAAUGAGCAGGCUGGUUACAAGAUCGAGUACCCCUUCUCAUCCAUCAAGAACAUCUUCCUCGAGAACGGCGAAGGAGACCCAACCAAGCUCGGCGGAAUUGUCAUUGAGCUCAACAGGCCCCCGAACUUUUUCAUGGAUUCGUCCCCUACCACCAACGGAUUCUUCCAAUGUGGCGACUUUACUGAAGAUCUCCAGGCAACCCACUGCCUGGUUCACCACCUUGGUGGAAACCCCAAGGUUCUCAGUGGUCAACUUGCCAAGCUCGUCUCGCUCGAGUCUUUCAUGAACCGUCACAACCCCAACCCCUACAACGACCCUCACGCCUUGUCAGUCUCGGCUCCCGUCUCUCCUCAAGCCCGACCUUCGUCGCAGCCCAGCUUCAACCCUCACGUCGGCAUGUUCCAGGAGCAACAAUGGGGUAUCCACCAGAUGCACUCUGGCAUGCGUGCUGGUCAUGGUCACAAGCGCCAGCGUAGUCGAUCCGUUCCCGGACCUGUCGACUUCGCCAUGUUCCAGAACCAGCCUAUGCCUUCAUUCUACAUCCAGCCCCCUGGGGAGAUGGCUCCUCCUCCUCAGCACAACCCUCACAUAUACGCUCCUGUGCCUCAGCAGCCCGGCAACAUGGCACCCAACCUGCGUAUCGAUACCCAGGCAGGCUUCGGACUGGAUAUGCGCCAGUACCCCAUGUCGGCCACCACUGCCUCGCCUGCUGAGUUUCCUCCUAGCCCUGGAUUCUUCCCUCCCGGUCCUGAGGUCCCUCAGUCAAGCUACAACACACCUUACAGCCAAGGAUUCCUCUCGCCCAUGGCCAACAACGAGUCGGGUAUUCCCACAUCUGUGUCUCCCCUCUCUUUCAACAGCCCCGGCGAGCCUUCCAUUAUGGAGCAGUCUCCUCCCAUGUCUAUGAUGGGACGCCCUGGUUCUGCCGACCUCUACCCGGUCAACGAUGGCUCUUGCGCCGUCUCUGACGAUGGUACCGGCCUCAACGAGAUGUACUCAAAACACACCAUCAACCUGCCCAUGCACACUGCUUCUCCUGGAUUCGUUCAACAUCAACAUCAACAGGCUGACCUCGACAUGGAGCAGCUUGUCCAGUUUGAUGCAGUUGAUCCCUCAAGCCUAUCCCCCGAGGCAAUGCCCCACGCUCACGGAAACUGA